ACAAAAAUUAUUAAAGAAUUUAUAAAGAUGUGUGAACGAAUGACAGCAAUUGAUAACAGCAAGAAACUCCAUUAUCACGAUGCUAUUCGUGAAUUCAGAAUAGAAGACAAUAUUCUAACAGGAAAAGAAAUACCAAUAAAUAGAGAACCUGUUAAUAUAUCCGAAGUGCUACUUAAAACGUUGAAGAGCAAACCAAACUGCAUCGGCCAGGUGGAUGCACUUUCUGGUGAACAGGACACUUACGCCGAUAUGAGUGAACGCAGCAUUAAAUGCGCCCUUUGGUUACAGAAGCAAGGCGUUAAGCCUGGCGAUAUAAUUGGUCUUUGCUGUGAUAAUGACAUGAACGCAAUCAUAAUUAUGUUGGGCACUAUGUACAUAGGUGCUAUAUCUAAUCCUUGGGACAACGAGUUAUCUCCAAUGACAGCACGAUAUUUUCUUUCGUUAACAUCACCAAAAAUAGUUUUUGCGAUGCCGUCAUUGGUUCCGAUUUUAGAAGAAGCAAUGAAAGAGUUGCAAAUGAAUAUGAAAAUAGUAGUUUCCCAUAAAUUAAAUGGAUACACAUCCGUGGAGGAUAUCUUGAGUGAUCACGAGAUUAACGAGAUCAUUGAAUUUAAAUGUGCCAAGAUCAGCAGCCCCGACGAUGUUGCUCUCCUCUCUCUCUCAUCAGGUACUACGGGCAUGCCAAAGGCUACCGAGAUAUCGCACUCAUCUUUAUAUAAUUGCUUACUUCCCGAAAAAGUCACGGAAUUAGAAGGUCAUACUGGUCUGUGGACACACACAUUGCGUUGGCACUACGGGGUCCAAUUAGCAUUUCAUGCCAUCUUAGCGUAUUCGACAAAAAUUCUUGCACCCUGUAGCAUAAUACUUAAUGACGACGAUGAAGCAAUAUGUCGAUUUAUCGAAAAAUAUCGAGUAACAUGGUUUUCCACCGAACCAGGCAUGCUAAUUCGAUUUUAUAAGAGCGAUUUAUUGGAGAAAUAUAAAUUGCUGACUUUAAAAGAAGUAAUGAGUACUGGUGCUAAUUUAGGAAAGGAGCAUCAAAUAGCUUUGGCAAAGAAAUUACCUCAUGCUUUCAUUACUACUGGUUAUGGAUCUACGGAUGCAGGAGCUGAUGUAACCGUUAUGAUCAAAGGUUGCAAACUAGGAUCUAUUGGUUUUGUCGUACCUAACGUUCGAAUAAAAGUGACGGAUGUAGAAACUGGGAAAACUUUGGGAGCUAAUCAAAAUGGAGAAUUACGUUUGAAACUGCCUUGCAUAAUGAAUGGUUAUUAUAAGAGACCUGAAGAGACUGAACGAGCUUUCGAUUCUGAAGGUUGGUUACUUAGUGGCGACAUAGGAUAUUAUGAUGAUGACGGAAAUGUUUUCCUCAUCGAUAGAAUAUCUCAAUUUAUCAUCUUCCAUGGUAUUAAUAUUUCUACCGCAGAAAUCGAGAACGUUUUGAAGACACAUCCUGCGGUAUCUCAAGUAGCGGUAAUAGGAAUACCACAUGAAAUUGCGGGUCAGCAUCCAAAAGCUGUCGUUUCUCGAAUGCCACAUAAAACGGUAACGGAAGAGGAGCUCCAUGAUUUGGUAGCGACAAAUCUACCAGAAUAUUGUAAACUUCGCGGUGGAGUUACAUUCCUCGAUAAACUCCCACGCACAGCUACAGGCAAAAUUGCGAAGAAGCAACUGCGAAAUAUGUUUGUGAAUUAAAAUACUACUGCACAUAUACAAA